UUUAUAGAAAAGAUAGAGAUGUUUUUAAUAAAUAAAGAAUUAGUCGUACUUGUGUUAACAUUUAUCAUUGCCGAUGGAAAACGUUGGUAUACAGCUUCAACAAAAAUAUAUCAAAAAAUACAACACAAACCAAAUCACACUGAUAACAUUGGCAGUAUCGUACCGCAAAUGUUAUUAACCAGUAACCAAAGUGACAUUAAUUUUAAUGAAAAUGUAUUUGAAUUUAGAAAAAGAUCUAAUAGCAUCGGGGCUAUUCCGGGAAUGGAUUAUUUGAAGUAUUUUAAUUCUACAAACGACUUGAAAAGAACACAAUCUGGCAAGAUCUCACGAAAUCAAAAUAAACGGUUUCUUGGUGUGUUUCAAAUAGUAAAAUUUAUGCAUGCGCCAUGUAACUCCAGCAAUGGUUUAACUGGAACGUGUGUGCCUCAACAUGAAUGUCAAACUAUUGGAGGUACCGCUUUGGGGACCUGUGCAGACGGAUACGGAAUCUGUUGUGUGUCUCAAUUCCUGUGCGAUGAGAAUUCUGCUGCCGUGACAGGAUGGUUUAUUAACUCAGAGUUUCCAUCUCCAAGUUAUGAAAGACUAUCGUGCACUUUCACCUUGCAUAAAUUUUCAGAAGAUAUUAAGCAAAUUCGUCUAGAUUUCCAUAGUUUUGAAUUGCUACCUCCUUCAGGAGGAGUAUGUCUAGAAGAUCAGUUUGUAGUUUCUGGUCAGAAUGCAAAUGAUUUUAUACCGAUCAUUUGCGGUAUCAACACGGGCAAGCAUGUGUACAUCGAAGUCGGUGAAGUGGACGGUCCUAUUUUCCUUUCCAUGCAAACGGUCUCACAAGAACGAAGACUCUUUUCUAUAAAAGUGACACAGCUGAGAGCCGGUGACGAUCUCGCCGCUCCAACAGGUUGCCUGCAGUACUUCGAAGAAGCGGAAGGUUCAUUUGAAUCAUUCAACUAUCAAGAUAAAUCCGAUAUAGCAAUAUCAACAAGGCCGGGCUAUUUCAACAACCUAAACUAUGCAAUUUGUAUAAAGCGAGCUGCAAAAGCCUGCGGCAUCACGUACACUAACGUCGGGGAUAUGCAAAUUGUCAAUUACGAUACAGAUGGUCUACCGGUGAUACCGCCUUAUCAAGCUGGAGUGGAGAUAUUCGACUGCCCUAGCGAUUGGCUAUUAAUUGCCGCUACAAGACUUUGCGGCGAUCGUCUCAACGAUGGUUCUGUGCUUCAAGACUUUUCCCUAAACGCUCCAGUGACAGAUACAAACGCCGGCCCCAUAGUGAUUUGGUUUAGGACGGACGCAGGGUAUGUGGGUCGUGGUUUCAGUCUACAGUACAAACAAAAACCUUGUAUGAUUGAUGCGUAGCUUAUCAAAAAUAAAAAAACCUGUAACUUCGUUUACAA